AUGGUUGUAUGUGAAGGUAGAGAUAGGUUGUUAUUAAUGCGUAGUUUUUUGUUGCUUUAUAUAUUUACUUUCUGUUAUAAAUAUGGGUUAAUAUUUUCGCGUUAAAUUUUUGUUUUAUGCCAAUAUAAUAUAAAAGUCAAUAACCUUUGUUUUUUAGGUGUUACAUCGCAAAUACGUGAACUUAAAAUGUCAGGAAACGGAUUUGUUCCAUCUUUCAAAGAACGAAAAAGUUUGAGUAAGGUUUUUAAGUUUAUUUUUACUAUUUAGAUAAAUUAAAUAAAAUCAUAUUAUUAUUAAUAUUUGUUUCUCUAAAAUGUAAUUUUUCAGACGAACGCAAGCGAAUGGUUGAAGAAAUAUUCAGACAACAGCCAGACAAGGUCCCAAUUAUUAUUGAAAGGUUUGAAGGAGAGAAGAGUUUGCCUUUGUUGGACAAGUCCAAAUAUUUGGUUCCAGGACAUAUAACAGUUGCCGAGUUGAUGCAAAUUGUACGCCGUCGUCUUCAUUUGCACCCAGACCAAGCUUUCUUUCUUUUGAUGAAUGAAAAGUCUAUUGUCAGCAAUUCAAUGACAGUUCAACAAAUUUAUCAAAUGGAACAGGAACAAGACGGUUUUUUGUACCUUGUUUAUGCUAGCCAGCCCGCUUUCGGAAACUGA